UUUUUUCCUCAUACUUAAACCGCCGCGAUGAAAUACGUACUUGUUUCUGGAGGUAAGCCUGCAGCAAUGCUUGACUCAUGUUUUCGAUCCCUCGCAUCCCGUGUAUUAUGGGAUUCGAGAGGAUCAGUUUGCGAACAGCUUGAUAUAUUAUAAGAAACCAUUUAGUUAAUGUCUUUAUUAUUUAUACAGGUGUGAUCAGUGGCAUCGGGAAGGGCGUAAUUGGUAUGCAUCUGAUUUGAUAUAUAUAUCAUAUGCCAGUUGUUGGGAAAGCUCAAAGCUGAAACCCCUAUGUCGAAUAUGCAUGUUCUAACAAUUGCGACUUAUACAGCUUCUUCAAGUGGACUUCUCUUGAAGACCGAUGGCCUCAAGAUAAGUCUAACCUUGUCAAUAAUGCAAUUGGGUCGCUAGCUCUAACUAUCGAUGCACGUUACCUCUAUCAAGAUCGACCCCUACAUGAACGUAGACGCCGGGACUAUGGCACCUACGGAGUAUGUAAUAAACCUUGAGGCAUGCUUUAAGAAGUAUCGUCUGACUAUUGGUGACUAGACACGGUGAGGUCUUCGUGUUGAACGAUGGUGGUGAAGCCGAUCUAGAUCUCGGAAACUAUGAGAGGUACUUGAAUGUUACUCUCUCGCGAGAUAACAACAUUACUACUGGAAAGAUGUACAAGCAUGUCAUCGAAAAGGAACGGCGAGGGGACUACCUUGGCCGUACUGUCCAGAUUGUUCCUCACCUCACGGAUGCUAUUCAAGAUUGGAUAGAGCGUGUAGCUAGGACUCCUGCUGACGAUAGCAACGAGGAGCCCGAUGUCUGUGUUAUCGGUAUGACCAUUGAAUAACCAAUGCCAAAAGGAACAUUUGUUGAAGCUAAACUGAAUAUAGAGCUUGGUGGGACGCUUGGUGACAUCGAGAGUGCUCCCUUUGUUGAGGCUAUGCGUCAGCUACGCCGCCGUGCUGGAAAGAACAAUUUUCUCCAGAUCCAUGUCUCGCUUGUCCCUGCAAUUCAUGGGGAGUUGAAGACCAAGCCUACCCAGCAAGCUAUUCGAGAUGCGCGCUCAGCCGGCCUGAGCCCUGAUCUGAUUGCCUGUCGCUGUGAAAGAGCGCUUGACAAGGCCACCACUGAUAAGAUUGCUAUGUUCUGCCAGGUUGAGCCUGAGCAAGUGAUUGGCGUCCAUGAUGUUGCUUCAACAUAUCACGUCCCUCUCCUCUUAGAACAGCAAGGAUUCCUUGGUCAGCUUCGUGAUAUCCUGAAAAUUGAUGAACUUACCAUUCCCCAAGCCUCUAUAGACAAGGGCCAAAACACUUGGAAACAGUGGAAGGCCCUAACAACUUCCCAAGAGCAUGUCUAUAGUACUGUUAACAUUGCCCUUGUCGGCAAGUAUGUCAGUCUCCACGACUCCUACCUCUCCGUUAUAAAAUCUUUAGAGCACUCUGCCAUGGCUUGCCACCGAAAGCUCAAGAUUACCUGGAUUGAUGCUUCAAAUCUUGAGAAAUCAGCCGCCGAGGCAAACCCCGAGGCAUUCCACAAGGCCUGGCAUGAUAUGUGUACCGCUGACGGCAUCCUUGUUCCCGGCGGGUUUGGCACUCGUGGGACUGAGGGAAUGGUAGCUGCGGCUCACUGGGCUCGUACCAAAGGCAAGCCUUACCUUGGUAUCUGCCUCGGCAUGCAAAUAGCUGUCAUUGAGUACGCCCGUAACGUCUGCGGGAUCUCAAAAGCCAGUUCUAUUGAAUUUGAUGACCGCACUCCGGAUCCUCUUAUCGUUUUCAUGCCUGAAAUUGAUCAAGUCAACCUUGGCGGUACUAUGCGCCUCGGAUCUCGACCAACGAUUUUCCAACAGGACAGUGAAUGGUCAAAGCUCCGAAUGCUGUAUGGACUUAACCGUACUUCUAUUGAUGAACGCCACCGUCAUCGCUAUGAAGUCAACCCGGAAUAUAUCGAUACUCUCCAGAAAGCUGGACUUCACUUCAUUGGUAAGGACGACAAGGGCGAGCGCAUGGAAAUCAUCGAACUCAAAGACCACCCUUGGUUUGUUGGUGUUCAAUUCCACCCGGAGUAUUUGUCCCGUGUUCUCGCCCCAAGCAAGCCGUUCCUUGGCCUCGUUGCCACCGCCGCCGGCGUUUUUGACGAGAUCAUGAAGUCUCAGGCUUGUGGAAAGGAUUUGGCUAGCGGAGUUGCUAACAUUGCCAUCUAAAAGUAUGUUGUGGCAUAUUCUGAGACUUGUGUAUCUCGUUUUGCGCGCCUGCUAUCGCGAGAAACAUCGUUCCCGACACUUAACGAACAAACUCAGACGUGUCUGUGGAUCUCCAGUUCCUCGACAGAAAAAAGAAAGAAAAAUGAAAUGGAUCACGACGAAGAGAAACAGGAAAGGAAAGGAAAUAAACAUUUGGGUUGCUCAGGUUCGAGAGGUGUUUGCGUAAAUAUAUUUUGCCUGUUAUCCAUCGUUACAAUAUAGCCUAUCAAGCUUUGAUCAAGCCUACAGCUAACCUGACUUAGCUUCUAAUGCAUAUACAACUAACUAAACGGAGGUUUCUGGACGUGUGACAAUGGCCUACUAAUAAUGAACAUUACUCAAUGGGUGUUAUAGCUAGUUAACGGCUUGAUAGAUUUACGGAAUAAUUGUCAGUCAACGUGAAUCAUAUUUACGCUUUAGACGCCACAAAGAGCAAUCAUUUUCUUCACGUUUUCCACCCUGCAUUCGUAUUGCUCGACUCUGCACAAGGAAAGCAGCAUUUACUUUUUCUUUUACUCUUUUUUUUUUUUUUGUUUUGCUUUUCUUUCGUUUUUUGCUGAUCCGGAGAUA